AUGGGAAACAACGCAUCUACAAAUGGCCAGAUUGGAAACCGACCAUCUUUGAAUCGUCCAAGACCAACAACAAGGAAGUCGGCGGCGUCGCAACAAGAUCAGGUGAGAAAAUCAUCGGCAAGCAACACCAACAAUAACUCAUUGGAUGAAGAAUUUAGUGAUUUGAUAUUACAUCAAGUAGUUAAGCAACCAGAGUCUGGGUUAACCACCACCACCAGUGCCACUCAACUGCUGUCAAAUGUCCCAACCAGCGAGCAACUGCUCAAUUACAACCAAUUCUCGAAUGAUUUAAUCGAGGAUGAAUUUAAUGAAUUGAACGAUGGAUUAGUUGAAGAGUCGACAUCAUUAGCAAGAAAUAUCUUGCCUGACAACCCCUUUUUUGGUACUAACCGGCCCAAAGGCGGAAGCUCGCAAUCAAGUGAUAAUAUGGAAUUGGAUGAACCAUUUACUCAAGAUUCAGAUGAUAUUCAGGAGUAUGAACAUCAACUAUCUCAAACUCCAACUCCAGACUUGUCCAAAGUGGAUUUUACAAAAAUUACCAAUCACUCACAACAACAGCAGUCCCUGGACCAAGAAGAAUCCGACUCUUCCCAACAACUGCAACAACAACAAGUACAACAACAACCACAACCCCCAAGAGCAACAAGAAUGUUAUCAGCAGCUUCAGUGGCAAGAAAUGCUCAUUCGCCAUCACCAAACCUCGAACAACAAACCCAUACACAAACCAAUCAGCAUCACCACAAUAAGCUGUACAUAAACAACAAUCAGCACAUGCAGUCACAAAGUCGUGCCAAGCAGUCAAAAAGCAAUAAUCAUCGUGAAAACAUUUUGAUUCCAAUUGAGAUCAAGUGGGUCAACACAAACAAGGAGCAGAUCAACAAGAUUUCUAUCAUUGGGUCCUUUUCCAAUUGGAGGGAUGUCAUCAAGUUAUCACCACUGGUGAAUCACCCUGGAGAAUAUGUCACCACAAUAAACCUUCCCUUGGGUGUACAUAAAUUGUUGUACAUUAUCAACAACGAGUAUAGGGUAAGUGACCAACUCCCCACAGCAACUGAUCAAGAGGGUAUCUUUUUCAACUGGUUUGAAGUUAUUGAUGACACGCACUUGUUCAACCACUCGUUGCAUCAAGCCAAUCAUGUUGGUGCUAGUACGGAUUAUGAUGCUAAUAUUAUAUCUAAUGAAGAUGAAGAUGCAGGUGCGACGUACAGCAAAACCCAGCAGCAGCAACAGCACCACCAACACCAACGACAAGACCAUCAUCUGCCUUUGAACUCAACCCCUCGUUUGGCUGGAAAGUAUGAAGUUGAGAAAAUCCAAGAAAAGGCUAAUGACUUGCUACACAAGAUGUCGAAAGAAUCGAGUUCACAAUUUGAACAUUUGGAAUUUGUUGAAGAUGUGAAUGAUAACAUGGUGGAUGAAGGAGACGCUGAACUACAAGCUAAGCAAGAACAACAACAACACCUGGAAAACUAUCCAUACGCACAAUAUCAAGAUCAUCAUCAUAAUCAUUCACGUCCCAGCUCUCGCAACCAUUCCAAUUCAGAACAAUUUAUUCCAUACGAGCUUUCCAAAUCAAAUUCAUUUAUCAAACCAGAUAAGAAACUUCAAUACUCAAACGAGAUUCCUGAAAUGUUUGUCAAUUACGAUUACUUUAAGUCAAAACCUGCUGAUUAUGAAUUACCGGAACCACCACAAUUACCUCCUCAUUUAAACAAUGUCCUCUUGAACAAGAUUUCACAACAUUCAGGAAACUCAUCAUCGAAUUUGAUUCCAUCGCCUUCAUCGUCAUCUACACAACAACCCCCUCUUCCUCAUGGUGGCGGUGGGUUGGGAUCUAGUUCACCUAGCUAUAGUCACAAGAGACCACCUUUGCGUCGAGCAGAUAGCUCAUACUAUGCUUCGAAUAAAGAGGCAUAUCAUUUGUCAAUACCAAACCAUGUCAUUUUGAACCAUUUAAUGACGACAUCGAUCAAGAAUGAAGUUUUGACUGUUGCUUGUAUUACUAGGUAUCUGGGUAAAUUUGUCACACAAAUUAUGCAUUCACCAGCUGAUACAUGA